UAUGGACAAGUGUUUGUUUUGAAAGGAACGUUUGGCGUCACCCGGGCUGCCUCUCCUACCUUGAAAGUAUUGUAUUUAUCCUUAAACAUCAUGAAACUCGUAAGGUUUCUUAUGAAGCUCAGUCAUGAGACGGUGACCAUUGAGUUAAAGAAUGGCACCCAAGUUCAGGGAACAAUCACAGGUGUGGAUGUGGCAAUGAACACUCAUUUAAAAAGUGUAAAAAUGACACUAAAGAAUCAUGACCCAGUUAGUUAUGAUACACUAACCAUACGAGGCAACAACAUCCGUUACUUCAUCUUACCAGAGUCUCUCCCACUGGAAAAUCUGCUGAUUGAUGAUGGUCCCAGAGCAAGGAGGGGUCGGUCAGAUCGUGGACGUGGCAUGGGUGGUCGUGGUCGUGGACGAGGCGGACGUGGCCGAGGCCGUGGAGGUCCUAGAGGCAGAGGCAGAGGUGGUCCACCACGCCGUUAAGUGUCGGCUUUAACAAUACCAAAUGGAAAGUUGUCCAUUUUGUACAAAGAAUGUGGCAACCUAUAUGUUAAGGAUGCUAGGAUCAUGAUCAGAUCUUAAAUGUUGUCACUGAGUACUGUAAUGCAUGGUUUUUAAUAACUAACAGACAUUUUGAAGUACAUUAUGCAGUACAGUACUACAGUAUUAUAACUGCUAGGAAUUUGAAUUAGUCAGAUAUUUCAGUGUUAAAAUAUAUAUAUCAGUUUUUGAAGUGCUGAAUGCAUUAAUUCAUAUAUCCAAUGGAAUUUUAUAAUAUUUGUGAAUUUACUGCUGUGUACAGUAAUUGGUUGAAUGAGCAUUAAUAAAGUAGAACUAUAAUUUUAUAAUGUAAUAAUCUGCAGGUCUUGAUUUUUUUUUUUUUAUAUAGACAGUCUUUACAGUGCAGUCACAUUUUUGUUUUUUCUAAAAUAAAGUUUUUUGUAUAAA